UGGCAUUGUGGGACGUGCUUCAAGGCUGCUGAGCCCCAACUUGGCUUCGGUGCCCUGAGCAGGUCUGGAGAAGGUGACAGCGCCGUGCUCUAACCCCGUGGAUGGAGACACACUUCUUUGAUGAAGAAACUCACACCUCCCGGAGCCAGCCUGGUGGUUGCCCUGUCUGUCAGAGGUUUUGACAAAACCUGCCCUGUUCGCUCUGGGUAAUCCGAGUGAGGAAGAUUACAAACACCUUCACUGGGAAGCCAAGGACGUUUCUGUAUAAUCAGGGGAUGAAAGGAUUUUCCCAGACUCUUUUCCCCCUUUUUUCUUUGAGGAUUAAUCCUCUGCAAAUCUACAAUCCCAGUGGAAACGCCAGGCGCACACGACUGGGCAGAAGCCUAGAGCACCUUCAGAAUUGGUGUGGCCCCUCCAUUUAGCAUAGGGGAGGGAGGCCCAUGCCACCACCCCCUCCUGCUGAGCUCUUCCCUUUAACCUGCCCUGCUUUCCAGAGUACAAUCAUCUCCAAAACCUCUCCCUGGAGCGGUUACUGGAUUGCCUGAAAUGAGAGAUUAAAGUGCUGGGAGACCAGGAAGCGCCCUGUGCUGUGUCUCCUCGCGGCUGCUGACAUGAAGUGCUUUUUCCCAGUGCUGGGCUGUCUGGCGGUGCUGGGUGUGGUGUCCGCACAGCGGCAGGUGGCCGUCCAAGAAGGACCCCUGUACCGCACGGAGGGCUCCCACAUCACCAUCUGGUGCAACGUGAGUGGCUUCCAGGGGCCUGCCGAGCAGGACUUCCAGUGGUCCAUUUACCUGCCCUCGGCCCCAGAGCGCGAGGUGCAGAUCGUCAGCACCUUCGACUCCUCCUUCCCUUACGCCAUCUACACCCAGCGCGUGCGCAGCGGGAAGAUCUAUGUGGAGCGGGUCCAGGGGCACUCGGCCUUGCUGCACAUCACCGAGCUGCAGGCCCGCGACGUGGGCGAGUACGAGUGUCACACGCCCAACACGGAUGAGCGCUACUUCGGGAGCUACAGUGCCAAGAUGAACCUCGUGGUGAUCCCCGACACGCUGCAGGUGAGCGCCAUGCCGCAGACCCUGCACAAAGUGGAACAGGACCCGCUGGAGCUGAGCUGUGAGGUUGCCACCGAGACUGUCCAGCACAGCCACCUGUCUGUGGCCUGGCUCCGGCAGAGAGGCAGCGAGAAGCCUGUGGAGGUCAUCUCCCUGAGCAGGGACUUUGUGCUGCACUCCAGCCUCGACUAUGCCCAGAGACACAGCCUCGGGGAGGUGCGGCUGGACAAGCUGGGCAGGACCACCUACCGCCUCACCGUCUUCCACCUGCAGCCCUCUGACCAGGGCGCGUUCUUCUGUGAGGCUGCCGAGUGGAUCCAGGAUCCGGAUGGGUCGUGGUUUGCCAUGACGCAGAAGCGUUCCGAGGGAACUGUGGUCAACGUCCAGCCCACAGACAAAGAGUUCACCGUCCGGCUGGAAACAGAAAAGCGCCUGUACACGGUGGGGGAGCCAGUGGAGUUCAGGUGCAUCCUGGAGGCUCAGAGCAUCCCUGACCGGUACUUUGCCGUCUCCUGGGCCUUCAAUAGCUCUCUCAUCGCCAGCAUGGGGCCCAACGCCGUGCCGGUCCUCAACAGUGAAUUUGCCCACCGGGAAGCCAGGGGUCAGCUGAAAGUGGCCAAGGAGAGCGAUGGCGUCUUUGUGCUGAAGAUCUACCACCUCCGCCAGGAGGACACUGGGAAAUACAACUGCCGCGUGACGGAGCGGGAGAGAACGGUCACCGGGGAAUUCAUCGACAAGGAGAGCAAGCGUCCCAAGAACAUCCCGAUCAUAGUCCUCCCCCUCACAGAUAACUGGGUAGUUAAAGUCCCCCAGCACCACCAGAUCCUGCCCCAAGGCCACUUGGAGAGCAGCAUUUCCGUGGAGGUGGCCAGCAACUCGAGCAUCCUCUUGGAGGGCGAGAACCUGCACUUCUCCUGCAGCAUCCGCACGGCAGGCAGGCAGCAGGGCCGUUUUUCCGUGACCUGGCAGCUGGUGGACAGGCAGAACCGCCGCAGCAACAUCAUGAGGCUGGACCGGGAUGGCACCAUGCAGCCGGGCGCCUCCUACUGGGAGCGCAGCAGCUUCGGGGGCAUCCAGAUGGAGCAGGUGCAGCCCACCUUGUUCAGCCUGGCCAUCUUCAACAGCAGGAAGGAGGACGAGGGCCAGUACGAGUGCCACGUGACCGAGUGGGUGCGGGCGGUGGACGGCGAGUGGCAGAUUGUCGGGGAGCGGCGGGCCAGCACCCCCAUCUCUAUCACCGCUCUCGAAACGGGCUUUGCAGUCACGGCCAUCUCGCGGACGCCGGGGGUGACCUACAGCGACUCCUUCGAUUUGCAGUGCAUCAUCAAACUGCAUUACUUGGCCCGGGUCCCCGUGUCGGUGACCUGGCGCUUCCAGCCAGUGGGCACCCUGGAGUUCCACGACCUGGUGACCUUUACCCGAGACGGAGGGGUCCAGUGGGGAGACCGGUCCUCCAGCUUCCGGACCCGGACUGCCAUCGAGAAGGCUGAAUCCAGCAACAACGUGCGGCUGAGCAUCAGCCGAGCCAGCGACACGGAGGCGGGCAAGUACCAGUGUGUGGCAGAGCUGUGGCGCAAGAACUACAACAACACCUGGACGAGGCUGGCCGAGAGGACCUCCAACCUGCUGGAGAUCCGGGUCCUGCAGCCAGUGACGAAGCUGCAGGUGAGCAAGUCCAAGCGGACCCUCACGCUGGUGGAAAACAGGCCCAUUCAGCUGAACUGCUCGGUCAAGGCGCAGACCAGCCAGAACUCCCACUUCGCCGUGCUCUGGUACGUGCACAAGCCCUCCGACGCCGACGGCAAGCUCAUCCUCAAGACCACCCACAACUCGGCCUUCGAGUAUGGCACCUACGCCGAGGAGGAGGGCCUGCGUGGGCGCCUCCAGUUUGAGAGGCACGCGUCGGGGGGCCUGUUCAGCCUCACUGUCCAGAGGGCCGAGGUCAGUGACAGCGGCAGCUACUACUGCCACGUGGAGGAGUGGCUGCUGAGCCCCAACUAUGCCUGGUAUAAGCUGGCCGAGGAGGUUUCGGGGCGCACAGAAGUCACCGUGAAGCAGCCAGACAGCCGCCUGAAGCUCAGCCAGGCCCAGGGCAACCUGUCGGUGCUGGAGACCCAGCAGGUGCAGCUCGAGUGCUCGGUCCUGAACCGCACCAGCGCCGCCUCCCAGCUCCUGGUGGAGUGGUUUGUGUGGAAGCCCAACCACCCCGAGCGGGAGACGGUGGCGCGCCUGGGCCGGGAGGCCACCUUCCACUACGGCGAGCAGGCCGCCAAGAACAACCUGAAGGGGCGGCUGCAUUUGGAGAGCCCGUCCGCUGGCGUGUACCGGCUCUCCAUCCAGAACGUGGCCGUGCAGGACAGCGGGACGUACAGCUGCCGCGUGGAGGAGUGGCUGCCCAGCCCCAGCGGCCUGUGGUAUAAACGGGCUGAGGACACUUCGGGACAGACGGCCGUCACUGUGGUGCGACCAGAUGCCGCCCUGCAGGUGGACUCGGUAGUGCCCAACGCCACAGUGACCGAGAAGGCUGCCUUCCAGCUAGACUGCAGCAUCGUGUCUCGCUCCAGCCAGGACUCCCGCUUCGCUGUGGUCUGGUACUCCCUGAGGACUAAAGCUGGAGGGAAAAGGGACAGCCCGGGCCUGGGAGAGGAGGAGGAGGAGGAGGAGGACGAGGAUGAGGAGGAGGAGGAAGAGGAGGAGGACCUAAUGGAGCGGACGCCCCUGCUGAGUGUGGGCCCUGAUGCUGUCUUUGGCCCUGAGGGCAGCCCCUGGGAGGGCAGGCUUCGCUUCCAGAGGCUGUCCCCCCUGCUGUACCGGCUGACGGUGCUGCAGGCGAGCCCCCGAGACACGGGCAACUACUCCUGCCGCGUGGAGGAGUGGCUGCCCAGCCCUCAGAGAGAGUGGUACCGACUGACGGAGGAGGAAUCGGCGCCCAUCGGCAUCCGGGUCCUGGAUACCAGCUCCAGCCUCCAGUCCGUCAUUUGCUCCAACGACGCCCUCUUCUACUUCAUCUUCUUCUACCCCUUCCCCAUCUUCGGCAUCCUCGUCAUCACCAUUCUGCUGGUGCGCUUCAAGAGCCGGAACUCCAGCAAGAACUCGGACGGGAAGAACGGGGUGCCCCUGCUGUGGAUCAAGGAGCCGCACCUCAACUACUCCCCCACCUGCCUGGAGCCCCCAGUGCUGAGCAUCCACCCCGGGGCCAUAGACUAAGCAGGAAGCGCCCGGGACGUUUGGCCCCAGAGGAGCUGGGACGUGCCCUCGCCACCUCUCUCUCUGUGAUUGGACCGUUGCAGCCCCCAAACUCGGGGAUGCCCGAGAGAAGACGGCCAGACUCAGGCGAGGGGUGCUAGCCGUUCCCGCUGAGUCACAGAGAUGGCUGCCGUCGCCCUCCGCUGUCGGCCUCGGCUGGUUAGCUCCUGGUGCCCAGCUGCGAGGCUGCGCGACCAUCCAUUUCUCGUUCCUGUCGCCUGGGUCCUGUAGUGAGUAGCUCCAGGUGCCGUGUCUGCUCAUGGAGGUCUGUAGUCUUCUCCGCUAGAUGUCACAGGGGUCUUGUUCUUUCUCAUGCACUCCGUACGGCUCGAGGCCGCCCCUUUGGAUGCCGCCACCGCCGUCAUGCGGUGGACAGUCUGUUCCGUACACGCCGACCGCGGCCCGGAGGACGGAUUCAACGGCGACAAGGAAGCACUGCCGAGACCUUGGCAGUUUGAACACUUCUAAAGGCCACCCCCGGAGCCAAACACACCCCAAUGUGUUUUCUUUUCACUCUUUUCCUUUUUUUGUUUUAAACUUACUUUUCGUAAUGGGACUUUAAAACUCUGGUGUGUCCUGUGGGCCCGUUUGUAGCUUAGUGUUGUCCCGGCCGGCGUUGUUGGGACCGCUGUGACGCAAGCAGGGACUCUGGCUCCGGAGAGACCCAUCCGGACCGGAGGAGUUCUGCGGGACCCCAGGAGGAGCGGGUGGUGCUGGGUGGUCCAGCUGCCACGCAGGCAGAAGCAGCUGUACCCCUCACCUUGCCUAAACAAUAAGAAAAACAUUCUCCAGGAGGGAAUAGGCCGGAAGCUCCAGACCACCCACCCUCGGCACACUAAUGUGGGCAGAGGCCUGCGUUGAGCAGCUCCCGCCGUUGUGAUCCGUCAGAGCCCAGGGCUGCGGGAAGGAGAGAGGAAUGGCCGGCGUUGGUUGGACUGGCUCUGCGAGGCAGUCGGAUACGGUGGGGAGGGGGCCUUGGGCUUCUGGUGCUUUGUCAAACACUUGGGGUCGGGGGGUGGCGUGUGCACUGAGCUAGACAUGGGGCAGUGCUGAGCUGACCACACGGGGCAGAAGUGGCGACCCCGGAUGCCUGCCACUCCGUGCGAAGAAGAGGGUAGUGGGGAUGAGCAAGAGAGGGUGUUCAGGCCCGGCUGAGGAGCGUAGGGAGGGGUCACCACCUCCCUGGGGCUACAAAGACCAGGCUUUGCUUUCUCCUCCCAGUUAGAUUCUCCCAGAAACAUGAGCACCUUCCGCCGUCCUCAUCCCCAUACCCGGCCCAUCUCACCACCAUCUCUGCCAUCGCCGUGGGCUCGGGAGGGCCAGACACGCCCGCCAUCGUCCUUCCCAUCGAUGGCCAUGCCACAGAAAGUGGCCGCGUGGCUGCGCCUGUGGGCCUUUCCCCCCUCCCCCUGGCAACUUUCGCAUGGUUUCAGGUUACGAGGUUCUCCGUUGCUAUGGGGAUGGCGGUUCAUUUUAGUGGCCCUGGAGCCCAGCGGGGGCCAGUGCUGCCAGCCCACCGGGCCAUUUCACACUGACCGCCGGGAGCCAUGUGGGCUGUUGGCCGUGCGAUGCAGCUCCAUGCCCUCGCGCCCACGUGCAUCUGCGUGGAGCCCGGGAGCGGCGGGUCUCCGCGGCCCGGUGGGCCCUGGCGCUGGCGCUGGUGCUGUUCAGUGUGACCGUGGAGUUCUAAGUUCCAUCGUUAGACGAGGAGCCACUGAGUGGGCCCGAACUUGUAACCUUUCCGUUAGCAGCCCCACACGCCACCGUUGGUGCCAUCAGGAGCCCUCUGACCCUAUCGAGGGGUCCGCUUUGUCCACUGAGCCCACCGCGGAGGGGACGCUGGGUGGUUAGCCGACCACCUGUGUCUGACAGGCUCCUGCAGCCUGGCCUCUCUGCCUGCUGCUCGGAGACAGCCACCGCAAGGCCAGCACACUGCAGCUGCAGGGGGCACACCCCUGAGAGAGGGGAGCGGUCUUGUGUCCCCUCUCUGCCUCGCAGGGUGUGGGUUUCCAGGGAGGACGAGCUGGCCCUUCCUUUUUGGACGGAGUCUGUCUGAGGGGCAGGAUGGGUGCCCGAGGGCCAGAUUGGGCUGGGCUUGCCUUUGUGUCGCUCACAGAUGCACAAAAGGGAGCCCCCCUCCUCCCCCCGGGAAACAUACUACACAGGGGCUGCGGGACUUUAGGAAGGGAGGAAAAAAGAAGAAGAAACUGAAGCCAGUAUUUUAAUAAUUGUUAUUUUGUUUUUCUGUGUAUUUUCUAUCGGACUGGGGAAUAUCACAUCAUGAAAAAAAAUCCCAGGCCACCUUUCUUUGGCCUUGAGAAUGGCAAUCGUGUGUCAGAUGAAUGGCAAUGGUGCCCUCCGGUGGCUGCGGGAUCUCAUUGCAACUGCCCACGGAGCUCUGUCCUCUGGGGCCGAGGGAGAAGUGGAGCAUGACCGACCUGCUCCAUCCACUUAAUGACGUCUAUGCUGUGUUGCAUUUAUAAAGCCCACACUGUGCCAGGCCCAUUCCAAGACAUGGAUCUGACUCCGUCACCCUCUUUCACCAGGGUGUGUCUGUACAAAGUUUUCGUAUUCUUUUCCAACAAUGGUUUCUCUGCGUUAAUGGUUCAGUAGGAAAAAGGCAAGGGAGGUGGGAGGAGAUGGCGAUACCAUGCAUGAUGUAGAGAGCUGUUGUGUUGGUUUUGUUUCUGGAUUGUUGUUUUUUAAAAAAAAACAAAAACAAACUAUUUGUAAGAUGUUGCACUAAAAUGUUUUAUAUACACUUCAGAGACCUGUAGUAAAUUAUGUUCAAAAUA